AUGCCGCAGGCACAGCUCAAGGCUGGCAGAGUCUCGAGCCGCACAGACAUAACUGCCAAUGGAGGCGCUGCAGCAUACGGGGAGGCAGCCAUUUUGGGGAAAGGGGGCUGUGGUGGGGUGGGCAGACCAGCUGAAGGGGAACCGAGUGGGAGUCCCGUGUUCCUGCUGCCUGUCCCUGGUUUGAGGAGUGGUCGCGAGCUGUUGGGAUCAAAACUGAGCGCCCCUGAACCCCCGCAGCAGCCACCGUUGCGCUGGUGUGCCCCAAACUCUGGAGCAGGCCUCCAGAACAUGGCGCCCUUUAACACCUGCAGCGAUCACGCUAAGGGCUCGAGGCAAGGAGAAGGAGGCAAGGAGAAGGAGGCAAGGAGAAGGAGGCAAGGAGAAGGAGGCAAGGAGAAGGAGGCAAGGAGAAGAAGGCAAGGAGAAGAAGGCAAGGAGAAGAAGGCAAGGAGAAGAAGGCAAGGAGAAGAAGGCAAGGAGAAGAAGGCAAGGAGAAGAAGGCAAGGAGAAGAAGGCAAGGAGAAGAAGGCAAGGAGAAGAAGGCAAGGAGAAGAAGGCAAGGAGAAGAAGGCAAGGAGAAGAAGGCAAGGAGAAGAAGGCAAGGAGAAGAAGGCAAGGAGAAGAAGGCAAGGAGAAGAAGGCAAGGAGAAGAAGGCAAGGAGAAGAAGGCAAGGAGAAGAAGGCAAGGAGAAGAAGGCAAGGAGAAGAAGGCAAGGAGAAGAAGGCAAGGAGAAGAAGGCAAGGAGAAGAAGGCAAGGAGAAGAAGGCAAGGAGAAGAAGGCAAGGAGAAGAAGGCAAGGAGAAGAAGGCAAGGAGAAGAAGGCAAGGAGAAGAAGGCAAGGAGAAGAAGGCAAGGAGAAGAAGGCAAGGAGAAGAAGGCAAGGAGAAGAAGGCAAGGAGAAGAAGGCAAGGAGAAGAAGGCAAGGAGAAGAAGGCAAGGAGAAGAAGGCAAGGAGAAGAAGGCAAGGGAACGAGUAA